UGUCCCUGGUAGUCCAGGUUGUGUCACCUUGGUCUCAGUCUUGUCCCUGGUAGUCCAGGUUGGGUCACCUUGGUCUCACCCUCAUCUCCAGGCAUUGUCAGUCUAUUACUGAAAUCAUUUAUAGGACUGCACUGAAUCCUCUUGUUCUUCACACAGGGUCCAUUCUAGACAUGUACAUAAAGUCUAUAAUGGAAUGUGGGGGCUGCUCCUCUACAAACCCUGUGUAACUGGAUCUGCAAUGUAAAUGUCUAUUGAUCUUGCCGGUGGGUGUCAGGCUGUAUACACAGAGGUGGGGCAGGCCUGGCUCUCUGCCUAUCAUUGUCAUGUAGAGGAGAUGCCAUGCUGAUAACCGGGCCUGGCACAGACAUACUCCGGGGACACGCGUACAUAAGUGACCUGUGCAGAAGGGGGGGGUUUCAAGGGUUAACACAGUCAGCCCAGGAGGGGGCGUUGCAGGAAACCCCAGACACUAGGUGACAGCAGCUGCCUCCACCCACUCUGCCUGUAUCACAGCAAUGGAGAGGGGGCAGCCUGCAGACAUGGCACAAGGAGACUAGCACCGGCUCUGGGGUCUGCACCCUGCGCCCACCCUGUACUGGAGCCCCCCGGGGAUUGCAUUGUCCUGUGCUGAGGAGAGGCAGCCGGUCCUAUGCUGGACAUGGAGGGAAGAGCAUGGCCCCUCCAGCCUGAGAGGUGAGGGGGCACACAGCGGGCAUCCCCGGGCAUCUGCACACCCUGCCAUUGUGCCCUGCUGGAGGAGAUCGGCCAUGCUGCCCGGGGUCGGGGUGUUCGGCACCAGCCUGACAUCCAGGGUGAUCAUCCCUCUGCUGAAAGACGAAGGCUUCUCGGUGAAGGCUCUAUGGGGCAGGACCCAGGAGGAGGCUGAGGAGCUGGCCAAGGAGAUGAGUGUGCCCUUCUAUACCAACCGCAUCGACGACGUCUUACUGCACCAGGAUGUGGACCUGGUGUGCAUCAACCUGCCCCCUCCUCUCACCAAGCAGAUCGCUGUGAAGACCCUGGGGAUUGGUAAGAAUGUCAUCUGUGACAGAACAGCAACGCCCCUGGACGCAUUUCGAAUGAUGUCGGCUGCCCACUAUUAUCCCAAACUCAUGAGCAUCAUGGGAAAUGUCUUACGGUUUCUUCCUGCUUUUGUGAAGAUGAAGCAGCUGAUUCAAGAAGGAUAUGUGGGCGAACUUCAAGUGUGUGAGGUCCAGGUCCAUAGUGGUAGUCUGCUGGGAAAGAAAUAUAACUGGAGCUGUGAUGAUCUCAUGGGUGGUGGGGGGCUGCAUUCUGUUGGUAGCUACAUCAUAGACCUCUUGACUUUCCUAACCAACCAGAAAGCAGUAAAAGUCCAUGGACUCCUAAAAACCUUUGUCAAACAGACCGACCACAUCAACGGAAUCCGACAGAUAACCAGCGAUGACUUCUGCACAUUUCAAAUGGUCCUUGAAGGUGGCGUGUGCUGUACGGUGACCCUCAACUUUAACGUCCCUGGAGAGUUUAAGCAAGACGUCAUAGUUGUUGGAUCAUCUGGUAGACUUAUUGUAACGGGGGCGGAUCUCUACGGACAGAGAAACAGCUCCUCUGAGCGGGAAUUACUUUUAAAGGACUCCACACCCGUCAGCAAUUCCCUCUUGCCUGAAAAGGCUUUUAGUGACAUUCCCUCUCCAUACCUGAUAGGGACUAUAAAAAUGGUACAGGCGGUGCGGCAGGCAUUUCAAGACCAGGAUGACAGGAGAACGUGGGACGGCAGGCCGCUGACAAUGGCGGCUACCUUUGAUGACUGUCUUUAUGCUCUUUGCGUAGUGGACACCAUAAAGAAAUCCAACCAGACUGGUGAAUGGCAGAAUAUAGUUAUUAUGACCGAGGAGCCUGAGUUGAGCCCUGCCUACUUGAUAAGUGAAGCCAUGCGGCGGAGCAGGAUGUCUUUAUAUUGCUAGGGGGACACGUUAACAUUUGUAAAUAUACGCUGUUUGGGGAAGCAUUCAUGUACCCAGGCAGAUGGUACAGGUCUAUGGUAUAACUUAUGCAUCUUUCUAUUAGGGCUCGACCGAUUAUCAGUUUGGCCGAUAUUAUCGGCCGAUAUUCACAUUUAGGACAUUAUCGGUAUCGGCAAUUACCUUGCCGAUAAUGCCCUGCCCCCCGCACCGCAUCCCCGGCAAGGGACCACCACGGCCCCAUUGCCUCCCCCAUCCCCGGUUUUAUAAUUACCUGUUCCCGGGGUCUGCGCUACUUCUGGCUCCUGCAUGCUGCACAGCACAAUGACGAGUGACGUCCUCAAUGCGAUGUCACCGUCAGUGCACACAGUAACAGCUCAGGACGCCGCCGGAGCCAGAAGUAGCGCGGACCCCCGGGAGCAGAUAAUUAUAAAACCGGGGAUGGGGGAGGCAAUGGGACAGCGGCGGUGGUGGUUGGACUAGAGAGGACCCAAGGACAGGCAGGCGGAGAGAAGCGGGUGGCGGUCUCUGGCCCUGCAAAAGCCGCUGCAGUUCAUAAAUUUAAAGCGCCCGCUUUAAAUCAUUGAUCUGCAGUGGCUUCUGCUGGUCCGGAGACGGAAUAUCGGUAUAAGUUAUCGGCUAUCGGCCUGAAAGGUCACAUAUUAUCGUUAUCGGCCCUAAAAAAAAUCGAUAUUGGUCGAUCCCUACUUUCUAUUACUGCUAUACUUGGAAGGAGCCAAGUCUUCUCUUUCCCUGUUAGACAAGCUGUGAACAUUUAUCAGAAUGUAUUGUAGUGUGGGAUAGCUAUUCAUGUUUAUAUAACAUCAUUUGCCUUUGAGCUUUAGAUAUUGGUCAUUAUUGCACAUUUUAGAACAUGUGAAUAUCAGUUCUAUAGUACAGUAAAUGCUCAAAGUGGUCGCCUGUGUCCUGUAUACAGAGUGUGGGCUGCGGCUUAUUUUUCCAAGCAUAUUGCACAGAAGUCUCACUUGAAUUACUGUUCCUUAUAAGUAGUAUACUGGUUAGGAUGUGUUCUGG